AUGGACGAGAGAACGAAAAUCGUAGACGUAUGGGCAAAUAAUUUAGAGGAGGAAUUUGAACGAAUCAGGGAUGUAGUCGAAAAUCAUCCCUAUGUUGCUAUCGACACAGAAUUUCCAGGAAUUGUUGCUAGGCCAACAGGAAAUGUAGUAGAUUAUAAUUACCAAACAAUAAAAUGCAAUGUAGACCUAUUGAAGGUUAUACAAUUAGGAGUUACCUUUUCCAAUGGAAAGGGGGAGCUACCUAACGUAUCAACAUGGCAAUUCAAUUUUAAGUUUGAUCUAGAAAGUGAUAUGUAUGCGCAGAAUUCUAUAGACUUUCUCAAGCACAGUGGAAUCAAUUUUGAAAAACAUCAAUCCUUAGGAAUCGAAUUAUUGCAUUUUGGGGAAAUUAUCAUGUCCUCAGGUUUAGUGAUGAAUGAAGAUGUCAAAUGGAUAUCCUUCCAUGGUUGUUAUGAUUUUGCUUAUCUGUUAAAAAUACUAACAUGUUGCGCUUUACCUCAUAAUGAAAUUGCCUUUUUUGAUUUACUGAACGAUUUUUUCCCUUCGCUAUACGACAUAAAGUACUUUCUGCUAAAUUUGAACAUCAAGCAAUUAAGUAGAACCUACUCCUUGCAGAAAAUUAGCGAAAUUUUAAGUGUAAAAAGGAUAGGAAGACAACAUCAGGCUGGUUCAGAUUCCCUCGUGACAUGUAAAACAUUUUUCAAAUUGUUGGAACUUUAUUUCGAUAACCAAAUAGAUGACAAGAAGUAUUCGGGCAUUAUAUACGGCUUGGGAUCCACUAUAAAAAAUUACAAUCCAAAAUUGGAGGACAGUCCACAUAAAAUUAAUAAUUCAAAUCAUUAUGGCAAUGGCUACGUGAAGGGAAAUAAUAAUGCGCAUGGAAGUAGUGGCCACUAUGGCUGCGGCUAUAGCUCCAAUUACGAUUGCAAUUAUAGCGGAAGUCACAGUGUUAACCAUAGUGGGAACCACAGCUGCAACCACAGUUGUAACCACAGCGGCAACCACAGUUGUAACCACAGCUGUAACCACAGCGGCAACCACAGCGAUAACAACGACAGCGAGGAACGGAGCAGAGAAUGCAACCACAUGUACAUGGAUGGAAAUAACUGCAUGAUGCAUACACAGAACCAUAUGCUGACCUCCUAUCAGGGGAAUAAGGAAUACCAAAUAAGUUUCAGCAAGGACGCAGUCAAGGGCAAUUUUAAAAGUGAUAUGCUGUACAAUUUGUAUGCAGAUAUGAACCAAAAUAACUACAACACCAUUGCGAAUGUAGGCAAUAUGAUCCAGAACAAUAUUAAUGGCUUCGCUUCAUAUGAGAACGAUGCUACAAAUAAUCGAGAUUUUAUCAAGUAUAGCUCCCAACCACAGUUGCUUAACAUGAGUACUGCGAAUGCCAAGUCGCUGCGGGUUCUGGCUAAUAGCGACGUACAUACGAACAGCCUUAGUGGAGGUGACAGUGGAAGUAACAGUGCCAACGGAAACGGUAGCGGAAACGGUAGCGGAAAUGGUAGCAGAAAUGGUAGUGGAAAUGGUAGCGGAAAUGGUAGCAGAAAUGGUAGCGGAAAUGGUAGCAGAAAUGGUAGCGGAAAUGGUAGCAGAAAUGGUAGCGGAAAUGGUAGAGGGAAUGGUAGCAGAAAUGGUAGCGGAAAUGGUAGCGGAAAUGGUAGAGGGAAUGGUAGGGCGAGUGGCAAAAAUAGCGGCAAAGGUGGAGGAAAAGGCGACAACAAGGGUGAGGGCAAAGGGAACGCAAAAAAUAGUAACAAAAAUAAUAACAAGAACAACGGCAAGAAUAAUAGUAACGGCGAUGGCAACAGCAAAAACGGAAGCAACAGCCGAGGCAAUAACGGAGGCAAUAACGGAGGCAAUAAUGAGGGAAAUAACGGAGGAAGCAGUGGUGGCAACACAGGCGGCAACGGCACAGGUCAUAGCGGUGGUCAUGGUGGAGGCCAGAAUAGUGGCCACAACGGAGGAAACGGAAAUAGCCAUACGAACGGUCACAGCGGAGGGAAUGGCAACAACCACGGUAACAACAAAGGGAACGGAAAAAACAAAUACAACAACAACACAAGCAACAACACAAACAUCAACAACAAUGGCAGGGACUUCAUCAGCCUUGCAGGAAAUUCCAACAAAAGCAGCUUAGACAACAGCACCAAGCCGCUCAAAAACGUUUUUAAUGAUCUGCCGAAAAGGCCCAGUAACGAUAAUUUGAACAACGAUAAUUGGAGGAACGAUAAUUUGAGCAGCGAUAAUUGGAGGAGCGAUAAUUUUAGGAACGACAAUUUGAGCGACCAUUUUAGCACAGCCAAUGUCAACAGCAGUAGCGAGCCUUUGAGAAAUAUGAAUGGAGUAGGAGGAACAACCAAUCGUAAUUUUACCAACCCUAGUGGAAACAUCAUCAGUUUGAAUAGCGCCAACAUGAGUGUGAGCAGCAUGAAGAACUCCAUCCUACUAAACAACCUUAGCAGUUUAAGUGGCACGAAUAGCAAUGUUAGUAUAAGCGGGAAGAGUGGCCUAUCUAGUAAAGGCUCUAUGCAAAGCAAAAAGGGCGCUAUUGGAAAAAAUGGUUCAGUAGGCAAAAACAACGUAGUUGGUCUCAGCAUGAGCAGCUUAAACAACCCUGUGGUACUUCCAAAUGGUUUAAGUGUAGGUACAACUGGAAUAAACCUCGCAAAUAUAAAUAAUGGCAUGGUGGUUAACAAUAUGGAUGUGAAUAAUAUGCGUAUGAACAAUUUGAGUAGUAAUGUGAGCGUGAACCGUGUACCUGCAGCUAAUGUUGGGAAUAUAAAUUUGAAGCAAAGCAGUAUCAGCGUUAGCAUGAACAACAGGAACGCCAACAACAGUUGCAGCGUCAGCACUGUGAGCGAGGUGAACGGAAGGCAAAGUGGCUCCAUGAAAAGUGUAAACAUAUCCGAAGAAAGUAUUAUAGAUGCAGUUAAGGGGGAUUACGAGGUGGACAACAGCAAUCCUAUGCCUCAAAACGGAAUUGCAUUAAGCAGUAUGUAUGUACCCAAUAUGAACUAUGCCAAUGGCGGAGGUAACGGGAACCAUAAGAAUAGUGCAAGCGCAAAUGGAAGUGGAAAGAAUAGCAGUAAGAAGAACAACAGCAGCAAUGGCAGUGACAUUGGCCCAUUUUUAAAUAGCGUAAAUUUGGGUGCAGCCAACAUGGCUAGCAAUCCACCCCUCCAAAUGAACAGUAACGUAAGUAAUUUUAAGCAGUACCCCAUGCCAAACAAGUACAACUCGUUUAGCAACUACCCCACAAGUGUAAGCAACCCCAAUGAUAAGGGCACUACAGAAGAUUCUGAAAUAGAUGAGGCAUUGUUUGACGGAGCUGGCGGCAUGGGUAUUGUUGGGAAUGGAAUUAACAGCGGCAGUGGUAACGGUCAUGGUAAUGGUCAUGGUAAUGGUAAUGGUAACGUUGGAAACAGUGGUGCAAAUGCGAACGGAAAAAACGCUUUGAAUAAAAACGGGAUGAACAAAGUAAACAUGGCACACAUAAGUUAUGGCAAGAAUAUAAUUCCAAGUGGUGUAAAUGGCAAUAGCAAUUUUAAGGGGAGCCACAAAAGCAAUACCCUCAUGAACAGCGAAAUGCCUGGUGGCCUAAUGCAGAAUGGUAACCUUAUCAGCAAGAAUAAUGAAUUGAGUAGUGGGAAUUUUGACGCUAUGAGUGACCUACCGCCAAAUAUGACAAUGCUCAGGGAUGACAACUCCAAGGAUGAAAAAAUGAACAACUUAAACAAAGGUGCAAUGGGGAGUUUUCCCGUAAAGCAUCCACCCCCACCUCCUCCUCCACCUCCCCCACCAUCUUCAUGCAAUUUGACCAACGUGAUGAGCAACGGAAAUCAAAACAACAGUGGCGAAAAGGCUAAAAAUAAUUCCAUCAUGAAAAAUCUGAGUUCAUCUUCCUCCAACAACACGGGCAAUGCUAACUUGAGCAACGGGGCUCAUCCAAUCAGUGGCAACGAAGCGAAAAUUUGUAACUUGGGAAUGGGUUCAGCUAGCUAUACAUCGAACCACCUGCUGAAGCAUAACAUGAGCCUCAGCAAUUUGGGCAAUGUCAGUGGAAGCAACAAACUGAAUUUAGCCAACAUGGCUAACCCGAAUAGUUCCGGAGUUAUUAAGAACAACUCGCCUGGUCCAGUUGGUCCAGCUGGUGCCAAUGGCGGUGUGCGCGCAUUAGGCACAAAUAUCGUCCCAGUAUACAACGCAACAAACAAAGGGCCCCUUGAUAAUGGCGAAGCCAACAUGAACCCUAGCUUCAACAUGAAUGGUUCAAACAAAAAUAACAAAAAUUGUAAUCAGCUGAGCAGCACCACAAAUGAGAGGAAUAGCAAAAAUAAUGCGAAAGAAGGAAAUGGCAAAAAUACUGUCUUGUUAGUAAAUAGUAGUGUUAGUGAAGAGGCCUAUAAUGUUGAUGAAGGUAUCAUUGCCAAUGGAGGUACAUUGAGCAGUGCCAAUAGCUUGUACAAUGGAAGCCCGAAAAAUAGCGGAGACCAGGCCAAGGGAAGAACCAACACGAAUACCACGAGCGAUAGCGCCAACAAUGGAAAGAACGGCAAGGGUGGGAAAAAUGGCAACAAGAACCACAAACAUAGUAAAAACAAAAAUAAGGGCGCCAAUGGGGGGAUUAACAUCGGAGGUGUUACAAAUGCAACAACAGCAAACGGAGGCAGCACGGUCAUCAAGAAAAGAAGUAAUGAGAAAAAUGCUGCAGAUAAAAUGAAUAUAAGUAACUUGGAGCAGAACAAUAACUAUGAUUCAGUUAGCCAAAAAAAAAAUGGAAACAAAAUUUUCGCCAACAUUGUAAGGGAGGAAGAAGAAGGAAAGUUUUCAAGCGGAAAUGUGGUUUCAAAUGAUGAAAAGAAAAAUGCCCCAAUAGAUAGAAAUGAACACAAAAGCCUUUUAAAUAAUAUGAAUUAUUUCAAGGGAGAUAAUGUGAAAAUGUACAAUAGGGGAGGAAUAGGAGCAGGUAGUGGAGCUGCACCUGUAGCGGGACCGUAUGGAAAAAACGGUGCUCAUCAUUUAGGCGUAAAAAAUAACUUUCUCAAUAGCCCUACGUGCGAUAGCGAAAGUAUGCUGCAUAAUAUAAGUAGUGUAAAUAUAAUUAACGACAUGAACACUUCUGACAUUAUGAACCCAUCAAAUGUGCAGAAUUAUGCCAACAGUGGUAGCGCCAGCGAUGUUAACGCGGAUAUUCAUUACCUUGGCAGCAUGAACAAUAGCAAAGGUGGAAAUAACUACGCCGAAGUUUUGCAUGGAAAAAUGAAUAACUUAAAUAUCAUGAACAUAAGUAAGAUGCACAGUGGGACUUAUUCGGUCAAUAAUAACGUGGGCCCUUUGAGCGGUGGUCUAGGCGGCCGCCACAAUGGCAAGCACAACAGCAGUAGCAUAGCCGAAAAUACGAGUACCAACGGAGGCGCCUUCAAUUUUGUGAACAAGAAAACGAGCAAGGACAACCUAAGCAUGAUAAACCAUGCCAUGAUGAAUAACCUGAACUUAAACAACAUUUAUGCGAACAGUGACACGAAGGCGUUUAACAAAAUGAAUGUUAACCACAAGGGAGGAGGUAGUGUAAGCAACUCCAAUUUUUGUUUUAACGGUGAAGGUGCAACAGGUGUAGUAGCUCGAAAUCAGCCAUAUUACAAUUCAUACGCUGAAUCGUUUCCAGAUAAAAUAACGAACAAAUCAUUUAUCGAAAAGAGUGGUAACAUAAUACCUUCUUCCAUUUAUAAUGGUAAGAGGGAGGAACCCAGCAUAAGCAUGUAUAACUACGUUGAUAGUAAUAACUUUUUGGAAAAGAACGCAAUUCUUGCGGACAAGUAUGAGCCAAUGGAAUCACCCCAAGGUAACAUGUUCAACUAUGCCAGUUACGAAUAUAAAAAUAAAGAAAGAAAAUUUUUUUACGAUGCAUAG